GGCUGUGAGGUCCUUCCAGAUCGCAAUCCACCUGUGUCCAUCAGAGACGAGCCUGUGGCAGGAAGACCUGAACUGGGCAUGGACGUUACAGAAGCAGCAGGUAGCAACCAAAGAGAAGACGAGACAAGAGGAGGAGGCUAAAAACCAGAUCCUUAACGCCCCCGAGCUCGAGCAGGACUAUGACUUUGAGUCUGACGAAGUGCUGGCAGCCUGCGUGGCCGUUGCCGAGCGACAAACGCACUACGACGAGCUGAGGAGGACCACCGUGGUCAUCGACGCUGAGGGGAACAUACAAAAGGUAGUGAGCGGGGAGCAGGGAUCAGAGGACGCAGCCGCACCGUCAGGGGAGCAGUUUGUCAAAGCAAGAGGACUGAGCAUGAACUGAUUUGUCUUUUGACAGUCGUGUGUUUUCCAUUGUUUUAGCCAAGAAAACCAGUCUGAACCAGUCCUGUUUCUGUCUGCUAGAGGACACUUCUCCAGAUCCUCGUGUGAGAAAAGGGAUGUGAACAGUUUAAACUUUGUUUCAUAGCAAACAAAUAAUUUGGACACAAAUAUUUUCAUUGGAAUAAAUGAUUUACCCAGUAGUUGAUUAUUUUAAAAAAAAUAAUUUUAUACAUUUUAAAGUAAAUCAACUUUGUCUUUUAGUUUUAGUGUAAAUGAAAACAGGACAUCCAUCAGUGGCUGGUUAAUAAUGACGUCUUCUUUCUGUGUUUGUAAACUAAAGGUCAUGUCAUCAUGUAGGCACAUCGUCUUUGCUGUGUUGUAAGGUGACAUCAUCACGAAUGUGAUUAAAUGUUUGUUAAACUGCAAAAUGUUGAGUAAAAUCAG